AUGGGAGACAGCCCCGAGCUGGUUCCCACCGAAGUGGCAACCGACCUGGAAUCUGACGACAUGCUUCCUGUGGGACUACCUCAGACUGCUUCUGAGCAAGUUGCUACGAACGGUGCACUGGAAGAGGGCGCAGCAAGCACUAAUGUGUUUGAGCCAAACGCCCGAACUCCUUUUGCGGCCGUACCGUUCGCACCACAGUUGCACAUGUAUCGACAGAAUUUCCAGCAAAACAUCAUGGUCGGUGAGUCUCCGGAACAAACCAGAUCGCUUCUCGGUGAACUUGAAAUUGAAGCAGAAAACAGACACCAGAGGUUCCGCCAGGCUGCCGAAUAUGCUCAUGAUCAAAGAAUCGCUAAUGUUGAAGAACGAGCAAAUCGACAGCAUGAGGAGAUCGUUGCACAGCUCGAAUCCGAGAUUGCCACACAACGAUAUCAGUUUAUCGAAGCCAAUCAUCAUCUCGUGUCAGAGCUGCGACAACAACACCAAGUCAUCGCUUUCCAAACGGAACAUUUUUCCAGCGUUAGUUCGCAGAUCACGCAACUUCGAACAACUUUAAUCGAAGAAGCAGAGGAGAACAAAACACAAACCCUCAAUGAGGUGGGAGAGUGGUUUGGUAGGGAACAUGACCAAGCAAUGCAGCAGUAUAGGUUGCUUGCCCGCGAGAGUGAAGAGGAAAUGAGGCGUCAAAAUGAUGUUCUUCAGGACGAACUCUCCUCAGCUGAGCGUGCGCUCAAACUCGAGCAGGACAGGAAUGCUUCUCAGGACACUGCGUCCCAAGCUCAGUUCCCUCCGGCCGUGACCCCAGCAACGGUACCGCAAAGUGCCGGCCUCAAUGUGCCGACAGCUCCUCAGUUUUCAUCGCCAAGCGUGAUCCCGCUCAGCCUAAGAGCAAUGUUUUCCGGUUUUGGUGGUGCGGCAACUACUGCCACACCAGCGGGGCCACAAGCUCCAACACAAGCCCCGGGAACCCCUGUGCCCCCGACUGGCUUAGGCGGAGGAGUGUCUGGUCUCGCGGCCCCAAUGGGCACGCCGGCUAGUCCGGCAGCCACUGGAGUUGAUUUAAUCGCACAGACGCAACAAGCGUUGCUGGAAGCCGCCAAACUCCUCAAGGGAGAUAAAGGCGGCGAAGAUGACAAGCCAAAGGCGGAAGGCCGCAACGCCCUCCGUCAAGGAGUGGCCGGGGAAGAGAUCGCUCUGCCGGAGAAGGACAGGAGAGCCGCAUGCUGCAUCUCGAUUGCGGCUGCAGCCUCAAUCCGUCCCGAGGGAGAUGACCCACAAGAUGGAGAGAAGGACUACUGGGAAGUGGAUUUCAAAAGGGGUGAAGCCAUUCGACAUCACCUGAACUACAGAAGUACUAUGUACAAGCCUGAAAUGUCAUGCCCUGUUGCUCUUGAAAAGUUGAAAGGUACGGCCAAGGUGAUCAAGACUCUUCCCGUUGCUCCCUACAUUGCAAAGGUGAGUUGGGAUUGGAAAGGGGGAAAAGGGGGGACGAACGACAAGACGCCAUGGACUGGCAAGACUGUGUUCAAAAUCAAAGAACAAAACAAGAAGGUCAAGUUUUGUGAAAAGCCCAAAGUCAGGGAAAUCCCUUUUGAAGGGAAGGGGUACAAGCAUUCCUACAAAGUUCGCAGGUACAACACUUGCUAUGCCGAUGCGGAAAAUUGCCCCAAACCUGACAACAAUGACCUUCAGGCUUUCGCAGGAGCAGCAGAGGACCGAGAUCCAGUGGUCGAGCACCCCGAUCCUGAGAUCUCAGCAGCCAUCAAUGAGGAGAGCCUCCGCAAGCCGACCCUCUCAGAUCAGGACUGCUCGUGGGGAGGCACAGAUGGUGCCGGACCACGCGCCCCGCCUGGGGAUUCGCCGGACGAGCCUUUGCCUCCGCCCGGUGUGCCUGAUUUGGACGGCUCCGAUUUGAAGGAUCGUUUGUCCGAGUACUUGGACCAAGUCGCUAAGGAAAACGAGGACUAUGUUCCUGAAGAUGUCGGAGCUGUGGAGGCACAACGGGAGGCUGACAUUGAAAGAUUCGAACGUAAAAAGGCUCGUGAAGCCGAGGAGGAUGCUCGCAAGGCCCUCAGAGAUUCCCCGGCCAUGCCUGUCGUCACCGAACCUGAAUCGAAACGUGGGUCCGUCUUCCUCGAAACAGAUGGCCAAAAGAAUGGUCUGGGUAUGAAGAUCCCGUUUGUGAUUGACAUGGAACCAGCCGAGGUCUUGGGACGGUACUUCGGGUGUCAUCACGUUGAGCAAAAUCAGGUCCAGCUUUCACGGGAGGACCACCCAUUCGCUUACGUCUUCGACAAGAAGCACGCUAGCCCCGCUGCCGACUACCAAGUCCGGCCGAACCGCAAAGAGGACUUUUGGGAGGCAACCAAGCAACGUUUGCUUGGGCGCGGCGAGGUGUUCGACAAAGCAUCGUCUGCAUCUUCUUCAGCCGCAGCCGCAGAGAUUGGGCCAUCACAGCCGAAGAAGGCGAAGACCAGUGGAAGCGGCGACGAAGUUAUCCCCACAGGAUACCUCAGGGUGUCCGAUGACUUCCAGCUCGUCGACAUGUUGGGCCUCGACUGGGAGGCCGGUUUUACUCUGCCCGCCGGUGGAGACGAACCACAAGAUACCGUGGAGGUCAUCUACGAGCUCGAGGACGAGGAGCCUGAAGACGUUGCGAUCAAGCCAAUCAUCAAGGUCGAGCUCCCAGUUGCGGCGGAUGCUUUGGGUACAGACGAAGACGUUCCCGAAGGCCCGAGGGUGACGUUCAACACCGACAUUGACAUCCAGGAGAUUUCACCUACUAGGUCGACUGCUGGAUAUAUCGAGAUCGUCGCUGGUGACGAUGCAGAUGUGGGUGCAGCAUCCUCUGGUCAAGCGGCUGGUACUCAGCGCGCCGGGAGCCUGUGA